AUGGAGCCUGGAGCACCAGUUCCACGCACUCGUGAGGCGGCCGUCGAUGCACGACCCAGCGUCAAAGAAGUUGUCGGCGCCGCUUCCGUCGAACGCUUCCCGAAAGAAAUCGACCAGGAUGUCUUGCUUGAGCGCGUCGGCGCCGCCAAACGUUGUCUCGAUGUAGCUCUUGAGCUCGGCAGACUUGGCCACGAGUGUGUCGAUCUCGUCCAACGUGCGAACGACGGGACGGAGGAUGUGGCCGACUUGCGCAUACUUGUCGAUAAACAUGAGCGCGUUCGGGACGUUCUUGUCCCCAAGGUGGAUGACCGAGCUCCCGACCCAGUGGUCGAGCUUGCGCUGCGUCGAGUGCAAAAUGACGUGCAUGGCGCGCGAGAUGAGCGGCGAUGGCUGGAUGCGAUGAAGACCUUGGCCCGUGUCUGUGAGUUGGUACGGCGCAGAACCCGACAGCAAGUCUUCAUCCGUGAGACACCACAGCCGAAACAUGUCGUGCGCGAUCUCGCGCCACAGCGUGAGGCUCUGGAGGACGUAGUGGAAUUGUCUCGCGUGCGUGUGGGAGAGGCGGGCGCCGUCGUUUCCAGACACAAUCGCGAGCGAGUACUUGGGGUCGGCGCCGGCCGCGUCGUUGGAUGGGGUAAAGUACUUGUGCAGCAUCCCAAUCAUGCGGUCGAUGGGGUCCCGCUCAAAGUACAAGUGGUAGUUGUUGUCCGCGAUCGAGUACAAACACUGCUGGAUAUCGUCGGCGCGGAGAGUGGGCGACAUGAAUUGAUUCGUGAUCUUGCGGAUCGCGACGUCCUUCUUCUUGAUCUGUUCUUGGAUCUUGGCGCGGGAUUUGCCCUCCGGGGCCACCACCAUCGUCGCGCAUUCGAUCAGCGGGUGGUCCAAAAGCGCCAGCGCAUCAUGCGACUCCAAAAGCGCGUACACAGUCUUGAGCGGCUGGAUUGGACUGAACCCGAGGAGGUCUUGGAUGGCAGGGGACACGGCGUCUUGGAGAAGGUACAUGAGGAUGCCGUACUCGCCGCGCAUCUUCUCGGGGUUCAUGAUCUUGUACCGCCGUCCGAGCUCGAAGAGCUCGCCAAAGAACCCUGCAAGCGCGUCAAACUGCUUCUCUUCGAGCAGGGUCUGCCCGGCGGCGUAGUCCAUCGAUACGACGAGCCCGGAGAGGAAGCCGGCAAUUUCCUGCAGCUGCAUGCGAGUCCGCUUGGCAGGCGCGGUCGUUGCGGCGACUCCCGUGUCAAUCUUGUCCGUGUAGUGGCACACAUUGAGAGCGGCUUCCAGCGUCCGCAGGCGCUUACGUUCUUCGUACGUCAAGCGAAGGGGGAUGUACUUGGCGCGGUCGCGCAUGGACGUCGUAGAGGACGGUGCAUCGGCUGA